AAAGAGAUCUGGUGGAAGGGGAGAGUCGGUCCCUUCUUCUCGAUCGUCACGAUGGAGAGCGAGCUGUUCGUGGACGGUCAGCCCCCGGAUUUCUCCGUCCUGCAGGAACUGCUCUGUCCGCCCUGCCUGGAAUCCGAGCCCAACAACAGCCCGGCCCCCAAUCCGGGAGGUGCCGGGUCAGAAACAGCCGCCUCCACAGUAUCCAGGUGUGAGUCCUUCGGCGGCAUGGCCUGCUGCCUCCAGAUCCCAGAGAGCAGAGCCCUUAGCUUCCUGCAAGAGACUGCCCAGCUGCUUUCCCAGCCGGAGCCGAUCAGCAGCACCCCAGGCUGGCCUCAGCGGCAGGCGGGUUUGGCUAUGCGCCCUAGGCGCAGCGCCACUGGGCUCCAAGGCGAUUCCUUCUUGGUCUCUCUCGGCCCUUUGGACGCUCUGAGCCUCAUCAGCCUGCACUGCUCCAACCUCGAGUCGGAGCCUGUCGAUGGGAUCGAUCCCCCGGAGGCCAAGGGGGGUGGCAACUGUCUGUGGACAGCCAGUUUGGAAGAGCCCAGGGCAGCGCAGUUGCAGGGGACUGGCGCCCCCAACAGGCCUGAGUCACAGCGGAGCAGGAAGAGGGUCUCUCGCAAGCAGCCCCGACCUAGGCGGAGCUGUGAAGCCCGGGACCCUGCCUUCCGAGGAGUGACGUUCCAGAUGAAACUAUGCGAAAACAGCUCUGAGGACUGUCGGCUUCUCAUUAGCCCCCGAUACAGCAGUGGAAAACUUGAGAAAAGAAGCCGAGUUCCUUUAGCAAGAGAAGAGCACAAAGCUGGCAGUUCAGAAGAGGAACAAGGAUGCCUCCCUACCCACAGGAAUAAGCGUUGUGCUUCUUGCAAGACCAGGAAAACGCCGCUGUGGAGAGAUGCUGAAGAUGGGACCCCUCUCUGCAAUGCUUGUGGCAUUAGUCCUGUUUUUUCCAGGUACAAGAAGUACAGAAUUCGAUGUUUUCAAUGCUGGAAUAUUCCAAAGCAUGGUGGGAAACCCUACUCACAUUGUUCCAAUUGUGGAGGAAAGUUGCGUGUAACAGUUUCCCAGCAGAAAUCUGGGAAAAGGUGUGCUCCUUUCCUACCAAUGCAGGCUGAAAGUCGGGAAUAUUAAACUGUCCUACAAAUCUGUGUCAAACCAUCUCAAAGAGGAACAUUCCCUUGAACAGAAAACCCACCUUUCUAUUGCAGGAAAUAAUUUGGAGCAGGAUUACAGUCAGCAGUCUAUAUGUAUUGCGACUUCCUGGUUCCUAACCUUGGCCUGCUGACCAUGACUACACAUGACCCCCAGAGACCCCUUGCAGCCUGAAGCUCCACUUGGUGACCCAAGCUCCCACCUUUCGGUGAAUCUGUGCGCCAUCACACUGGGACAAGAUACUGUAUUUGUGGCUCUCUGUCCAGAACAGCAAGUAUCUCGAUCUGCUGGCUAGGGGUCGAAGAUUUAGGUGCUAACUGCCUAAAUUAACGGAUUCAUAUCCCAAUGUGGGUGACAGAGUGUCAUGAGGAACUUUAGAAGAGCCCUGAGAGUCUUAAAGGUGCAGGUGCACUCCUUUAUGUAUGGAUUCACAGAGGAUCAUGACAAGGAUUCUUGGGCAUCAAGAUCUGAUGAGGAACCCUUCAAAGAGGGUUCCUCCAGCCUGAUGAGGAACCCCCAGCCUGCCUCUCUGACAAGAAACCUCCAUUCAGCCUCUCUGUCAGUUCCAAGCUGCGGGUCCCUCUGGAGCACAGCGUUGCACCCUUCUCCUCUGCAGAUCGGCAAGGUGAUGUAACCCCCAUGGAGUAGGGUGGUGAAUGGGUCCUAACCCCUGACCUUGGGAGAGUUGCCCAUGUGGCUGCUGGGCCUCCAAGAGCUUUUCCAUUGCCGAGCCCAGGCAGAGUGACAGCAGUGGUGAAAUGCAUGGCUGCCAGCCCUUUGACUCCGGAAAGAUCACCUUGUGAGGAAGAGGGGUCUCCUUGUGAGGAAGAGUCAGAACCAGAACCAGCUGCAACAGAUGAGGCGGAGGAAGACCAAGAAGUAAGUGGAAACAUCUUGGCUCCUAUUUAAAUUCUGUAGCUCCAGUUUCCAGUCGCUGGUACAACAUCUCCUGCUUAGCUCCGCAAACCACCCUGAACCUUGCAGGCAGGACUUAGCCUGCUGUGUGAGCAUGGACCCUGGCUGCCUUACCAUGUUGCCCUCUAGUGGCUCAACCAUGGUACUGCAAACCACACCACUGCCCUGACCAGGUGGAAAAAAGACAAUGGGCUUAUUCAAGUAUCAUCAACAGUAGCAAGAAUGCCCACCGUCAUUGAUGUGCUCGAUACAGGGGCUUCUUCAGUGAAUACUCCAUCUGGUUUUUGCCUCUCCAGAAUCAGCCAUUUCACACUUCCACAGAGGACCGUGGAAUCAAUACUUGCUAGUUUGCUAGCCAUGGCAAAGACCUUUGCGAUGUAUGCUG